GUUGACCCCACCGAACAAAAUAAUCGCAUAAUCCUUUGGGGGAGGGGGUCCUCCACGUGUCAUCAUCCAGCGGGCCCAUGAAGCAUUGCAACCGACAGAGCCCCGUAGAUUUACAUCAUCGAACAGUACGCCUUUGCAAAAACGAACACUCAUCAUUGCUUAUAUAUAUGGACUUUAGUUUCUCGCUUGGAACGUGUCUUGACUCAUAAGCGAGUACAAAAGUCCGGCAGCCGUACGUACGUUACAUUUUCACUUUAGAUGGCUGCGAUUAGGAAACAAGAAGCUGUAGGCGUCAAAGGCAUGCGAUUGGUUGAUCUCAGUAUCAACGGCGGAGGAGGAGAUCACACAGAAUCACCAAAUCAAAGGCAUGUGGUUGCGCUGAAGGAAGAACCAGACUCGGGGGACAACUCUCCACCGGCUUUGAGGGUGAUGCCGGUGGCGGUGCGCGUGCCUGGGGAGAUGCCGAUGCCGAUGCCGAUGCCGUUGAAUUCGUCCCCUCCUCAAAAGAGAUCGUCAACGAAGGACCGGCAUACGAAGGUUGAAGGUCGGGGGAGGAGGAUCCGAAUGCCCGCCACGUGUGCCGCCCGAGUCUUCCAAUUGACCCGAGAACUUGGUCACAAAUCGGACGGUGAAACUAUCCAGUGGUUAUUAGAACAUGCGGAGCCGGCCAUCAUUGCUGCGACGGGUACCGGGACCGUCCCCGCCAUAGCCAUGUCCGUCAAUGGCACUCUUAAAAUUCCGACCACCACUAACGCUAGCUCCGAUCCAACAGACCAAGCUGUCAAUAAAAAGCGUAAACGACCAGCUAAUAUUGAGUAUGCCGAUGUUAACGACGUUCCCGGGUCAGCCGGGUCGGCAUCCACAUGUCUUGCCCCGGUGUCAACUAGUACCCAACCCCACCAACAGCAACAACAACAGCAAACGGCGUUUUUUCCACAAGGACUUGUUCCCAUGUGGGCCAUACCAUCAAACGCCGUCGUUCCGGGCGCUUUCUUCGUGGUCCCAUCUAUGACGGCCUCCAUUGCAGGACCUUCAAACCAGCCUCAUAUAUUCGCUUUUCCGGCUACGACUACGACUCCGAUCAAUUUAUCAGCCACGCCUAUAUCGUCCUUUUUAGCAGCCAAUAUAGCCACUGCAACGACGCCGGUUUCAAGCUCAACAAUGUCAAGUUCAAAGCCAGGUAAAGCAACGACGUCAGUUAUGGCACCAUGUUCGAGCUCUUCUCCAAGUAGCGACACUAAAGGCACUCAGAUGCUCAGAGACUUCUCUCUAGAAAUUUAUGAUAAGAAGGAGCUUCAGUUCAUGUCUCGUUCUACAAAACACUGAUGACUGAACUGAUCAACAAACGGUGCAUCCGCCAUGAACGAGCUGCAAGAGCGAUAGAGAAGAAGAGCACGUGGUCACGAGAGGAAGAAAACUUUGAAGUUUCCUCACGUGUAUGGUGGGGUCAGAGUAGGCCAAGUGGGGACCACAUGUGGCAGUGGGUCAACUCCUUUCCAUGAAAUCGAAAGCAAUGAGGGGGUCCGCAACUCGGCCCCCCUGGACUGUGCAAAAAGAAGGAAGGAAAAUAAAAAAUUAAAAGGUGUGGGGCCGCCCUCAUGUGAUUCUGGCGCGGGACCCUAUAGAGGAGAGGCAGGUCACGGAUGGGUGGGUCCAUGGGGACCGUUUCAGCGUUGUAUCCCAAGUAGGUUCGGUGGUGCCGUGGUGGGUCUCAUUGGUUGGUUCUCCGAAGGUGACGAGUGGUGCGUUGCGUGGGUCGUCGACUCGUGGUCUUUGCUUUGCUGUACAUGGUGGGACCAGCACUUUUUGGGAGCUGACACGUGGGGUCUUUAUGAGACACGCCAAACCUUUUAGUUGCUUAAAAAAUAAAAAUAAAAACGUGAUGGUGAGAAAGAUGAUUAGUGGCAUCAGAAUCGGAUGCCUCUUGCUCAUUUAAUCUUUCAAUCCAUAUGCAAGUUAUUGUAAUGUACCCUGUUGCAUGGAAGACCUUCUCUGACUUACUUUUGUUGUCAAAAUUUAACUACUAUCUUUCUUGUCAUCGCUUUUAAGUUUAAGAGUUAAGCUGGCGGCAUUUGAUUGGUA